AUGUGGGACUUGGCGCACGACUGGCGCCCAUGGCUCUUGUUUGCACUCCUCUGGCUUGUGGCCCUGGUCUUGGGCAUGGCCUCAAUGCUGCUAGCAAAUCGACGACGUCUGCGUCACCAGAGCGACCCGCGCAAUAUUUCAAUUGAGAGCGUGCAUGUGAGUGAUCUGCAGCCGCGCUUCGGGCUUGCGCCGCAGCAGCUACACGCCCUCGAAUCGCGCUCGCGUGGCCGAUAUCAUGAGACUCAACGCUGCUCCAUCCAGCCAGUUGAGCGACCAAAGUCCGCUGCUCGCCACGCUCAACGCUGUCGGGCCCACUUUUUGCUUGUGGCCGCUGCCCGAAGUGAGCAGCUCGCGUGCUGGCGCUAUGAGCUCAAGCACCUGGCCACGUUGCAGCCGCACCCCAACGUGGCUGCUUUGAUUGGCUUUUAUCAAACUCCCAGCGAAUAUGCCCUUGUCCUUGAGGUUGGCAGCGAACCAGCGAACCCAUCGUGCCAGACGACCAUCGUGUGCCUGCCAUUCUCGUUGCGCUCCUUGGCGGUGGACGGUCUUGAUAUGCCUUUGGACGUAGCACUACAGCAGAUGGAGCAGCAUCGAGACCAAAACUCGCUGAUGGAGGCCGAACUGCUGGCAUGCGGUCUGGACAUGAUUCUGGCUUUGGCGCAUUGCCACCAGCUUGGUUUAACCCUUGGCGCAGCACCUUUGGCAUCCUUUGCCCUCACCGCACAGAACACACUCAAGCUGGCGGAUUUUACCAGCAGCUUUGAUGUGCAUAUACAGUUGUCCCUGCAAGAUCGUGUCCGCCUUCCCUGCUAUCCGUCGCUGGCUCCCAGCGUGCUGGCGCGCUGGACAUCUGGGGUCGAACAGGCUGCUGAUAUCUGGACCUGGGCCCACAACGUGCACCAGCUAGCCAGCUGCAAGACUGGUCCCAUCUACCCCCCCGCCGACGCGAGAUCAGCGUGCCUCAACUCAUCCCGGGCCGCCGCGACCAAGAUCAAACGGUGUCUGGAAGAAGAUCUGCGCCUCAUCAGCCACCGCUGCCUCAUGUUUGUUUGA